AUUUAAAAAUAAGUCGGUUUUGUUUAUUCGAUGGUUUCUUAAUAAUGGUUAUUGAAUACUAAAGUGUAUGAAAAGAGUUCUUUUUUAUGUUUUAAAAAAUUGGAAAUUUAUUUAUAUAACAUUUAUUCUAUUCUAAAAUCAUUAAUAAUUUUGUAUUAAAAGUAAUUUAAAAUGAGAGGUGACGUUAAGCCAGAAUCAUGUAUCAAGAGUAGAGAUAACUUGUACAGACUUAUAAUUAGUCAGUUAUUUUAUGAUGGUCAUUCAACAGUUGCUUCAAGUUUAGCAGCAUUAGUUAAUGCUGAUCCUCCUUGUUCACCAUCAGACAGGUUAAUGAGUGUAGUAGCUAAAGGUCUGCAGCAUGAAACUGACAGGCAAAAAGAGUCUGAAGAAGUAUUUCAUUUAAAUCCUAUUCAACAAAUGUUAAUUGGUCCAGGAAUUGAUUUAGAAUUUGAAACAAAUGUUAGCUGCUCUGCUCCUGAACCUGCAUUGUACGAAACUGUUUAUGUUACUUCACACAAAGGAGCAUGUAGGGCUGGAGCAUUUAGUCCAGAUGGACAAUUAAUUGCUACUGGUAGCAAUGAUGCUUCAAUAAAAAUUUUAGAUGUAGAAAGAAUGUUAGCAAAAGCUCAUGACAUUGGUAGUACUGAUAAUCAAGAAGGACAAGGACAUCCUGUAAUUCGUACAUUGUAUGAUCAUUUAGAAGAGGUUACUUGCCUAGAAUUUCAUCCCAAUAAACCAAUUUUAGCUUCAGGAAGUAAAGAUUGUCAUGUUAAACUAUUUGACUAUUCAAAAACAUCUGUGAAAAAAGCAUUUAAAACUAUAAAUGAUGUUGAACCAAUCACUUGUUUAAGCUUUCAUCCUCAAGGCGAUUUUUUAGUUAUGGGUACAAAUAGCCCAGUUAUAAGAUUAUACGAUAUAAACACUGUUCAAUGCUAUGUAUGCUCACUCCCAAGUCAUCAGCAUACAGGACCUCUUACAUCUAUUAAAUAUGAACCAAGUGCUAGAUACUUUGUAUCUGCUAGCAGAGAUGGCUCAAUAAAAUUAUGGGAUGCAGUAUCAAAUAAAUGUGUGAAUACUUUUGAAAAGGCUCAUGACGGAAGUCAAGUUUGUUCUGUUACAUUUUCAAGAAAUGGAAAAUAUAUUUUAUCAUCAGGAAAAGAUUCUUUAGUAAAGCUUUGGGAACUUUCAACGAGUAGAUGUUUAAUUGCUUAUACUGGUGCUGGAACAACAGGUAAACAAGAACAUCGAACACAAGCCUUAUUUAAUCACACUGAAGAAUAUGUCAUGUUUCCCGAUGAAGCUACCACAUCAUUGUGUGCAUGGAAUGCUCGUAAUGCAUCUCGUCAGCAACUACUAUCACUUGGUCAUAAUGGUCCAAUUAGAGCUAUAGUACACUCACCUAAUUCAGCAGCAUUUUUAACUUGUUCAGAUGACUUCAGAGCUCGUUUUUGGUACAGAAAACAUUUACUUGGAGCAUAAAUAUAAUGUCAAAUCUCACAUAAUAUAAAAAACCUAUAAGCUUUAUCAUCUUGAAAACUACCUUAUAAAUUUAGCUGUAUGAGUUAAUGUAAUUAAUUAUUAAUUGAAAUAAUUUUAUUAUUUUCUGUUUUAUAUUUGCUGAAUAAAAUUCUAAAAUUUUUUA